AUGUCUUUAAGAGUAGGUUAUAUUCCAGAACACUUCUCCACUCCUUUGUUUUUAGCUAAAACUUACGGCUAUUAUACCGAAGCCGGUUUAGAUGUCACUUUCAUUCCUGUCAUUGAAGGAAGUGGUAGAUUAAUCAAGUUAUUAAACGAAAACGAAAUUGAUUUGGCUAUCGGAUUAACCGAAGCUUUCAUCAGUGAUAUUGCCAAAGGUAAUGAAGCUUAUAAAUUGAUUGGAUCAUAUGUUAAAUCACCUUUAUGUUGGGCAGUUAGUACUGGUGCUGGAAGAGAUGAAUUGAAGAGUUUGGCCGAUUUACAAAGUAAGAAAAUCGGGAUUUCCAGAAUGGGUUCCGGUUCAUAUAUCAUGAGUUUCGUUGUUGGAUUAGAUCAAAAGUUUACUCAACCAUUUUUUGGAGGUCAUCCAAUCUUACACAACUUCAAGAACUUAAGAGAAUCUGUUAACUUAAAAGCCGGUGAAGGUUUAGAAAACAGUGAUGCUUUCAUGUGGGAACAUUUCACCCUGAAAAAAUACUAUGACAAUGGAGAAUUGAAAAAAAUCGGGGAAAUUUAUACUCCUUGGCCAUCUUGGGUUAUCAAUUGUAACACCCAAUUCUUAGAAACCAAGAAAGAUGAUGUUAAAAAGUUCUUAAACUGUAUCAAUAAAGGGGUUGAAUACUUCUGGGCUAAUCAAGAUGAAUCUACCACAUAUAUCGGUGAUAAUUUGGAUUACUCUAAAGCCGAUGCCGAACAAUGGAUCAAGACCGUUCAAUUUAACGAUAAAUUGGCCCAAGAACCUUUGGAUUAUGACAAAAUCGUCGUCACCACCGCCAAAGUAUUAAAAACCGCCGGUGUUUUAACUGAUUCCGAUGAUGUCAUCAAUCAAAGAUUGGAAAAAGGUGUUGUCAAAGUUUUAUAA